GGAUUUAGUAGCCCGACAUGAGAGACCCCUUGUGCCCAAAGAGUAAGAAGCAAGAAUAGUUAAGCUCAUGCUUGACGUAAUACUUCGUCAGAUUCGGAUAACUUUUAUGCGUUUGUUAACCGGCGAUGGCACCUUCCGGCGGCAGAAGAAUCAUUUACUCGUCUUUGUUGUUGCUCUUAAUCAUCUCAGUACUGAACAUAUGGGUCUUUAGUGACAGCCAAGUAGUGGCACUUCGUCUGUUACAAGAAGACAUGGUGGCAAGAGAACAGAGAGGCCAAACCAUGAAAAAGGAUAACAAAAAUGCAGUAGAAGGUGACGCCCUCCUUCAAAACGACUUCAAUGGAGGAGUUCCUGAUCUCAACAAUACCACUCAACAUGGAUUUCAGGAGAACAAACGAACAAUACCCAGUUGCCCAGAUGCCCUCCACAACAAGUAGAAAUGUUUAGGGGUUAAACCUUGGGUAUUUUGGUAUUUCCAAAUGUUUUUUUUUCAAAUAUUUGUGGAAGAUCAAGACAUAAAGGAUCAUGGUGUAUGCAGAUUGAUCUAUUCUAAUUGCUUGAUUCCCG